AUGGACACCUUCAUCCUGGUCCUGGGCCUGUGGUCAUCCCUAGCGUGUGCAGAGCCAGUUGAACGCCUGCAAUGCUACCAGUGCCUCAACGCCAACAGCACGGAGGACUGCAAGGCGGACAUGUGCUUGUCCAGUGACACGCUGUGCUUUUCCUACCAUGUGGUCACCAAAGUCGGUUCCAAGGUCAUAAACCUCAUCACCAAGGGCUGUGCGGCCCUCUGCAGCAUGCAGCCCUCGCACGUCUGGGGGGAACAGUACGUCAACAUCCAGGCCCAGUGCUGUGCUUACCCUCUGUGCAACGGGGCGGCCUCGGCCGGCAGCUGGGGGGCCCUGUUCAGCCUGGGCCUCUGCCUCCUCCAGGCCCUGCAGCCCCUGCAGUUAGGACCCUGCUCAGGGCCCUCACCCCCACUUGGUGACCUGAGGACCGUCCCACACCUGUUCUCAGCCCUGUUCUAG